UUGCUUUAGAGUCAUGGCUGACAUGUUAACUGGUGUUGUUUUUUGCUUUGUUUUGUGUCUAUAUUACAACAUGUUACUUUGUAACAUUGUGCUCCAAGGCAUGUGUUAUUCAAGUAAAAUGACACAUGAAAACUAUGACCUACACUUUAAAUCUUCCUUUUGGAGACCUGCACAUUAUACAUCAAUUUAGCAACAAUUUUUGGCCACACUUUUUCUUACCUCUCAACAUAUCUGGGAUCUUUGGGAAACAACAUCUUCCUAAUGCUUGGGCAUUUAUUUUGAUACAAAAUGGCACGCAGUGCUUUAUUCUGUAUCGUUGCUGGUGAUCCUAUCUUUUGGAGAUAGGAGCAUGGCCUGAAAAACGACUGAAAAUCACACACAUAUGUGGUGGUGGGCCAUCUUUUUUGAGGAGGAUUUCAUUGGAAAGGGCAGAGUACAUAAGCUGGACUGAGAGCAUGGAGAUGCAGAAAGCUGCCAGCGAAGAGGAGAUUUCUAGACUCCGGCGUCAGGUACUGGAGCUUGAAGCCUCGCUGUCCAACAGGCAACAGCAGCUGGAGAUGAUGGGAGCAGAUCUUGAGAUGCAGAAGAAGUCAGUUGAGGACUUGACCUUACAGAAGUCAAAGGCCGAGUAUGAGGCACAGAAAUACCGUGUUGAACUAGAAGGUGCAAUCAAGAGCAAGGGCUCCUUUGACCAAGAGCUGAAUCGUGCCCGGCAACAGGUUCAGCAAUCAGAGGCCAAACAGGCCUCCUUGGAAGAGAGCCUCCGCAACCUUAAGAAAAGCAUAGAGGACAGUACGCUGGCCCGCAAGAAGCUUGAAGAUCAUUUGCGUCGGAAAGAUAGCGAUGUACAGGGCCUCGAGGAGCACAGUCGUACGUUACAACGGGAACUAAGGGCCAAGGAAGAUGUGGAGGCAGGGCUUCUUAGCCAAGUGAGAAUCAUGGAGAUGGAUCUGGCUCACAAGUCAGAUGUCAGAAUGAAGCAAGGCGAAGCCCUGUUGGGUUUUGCCAAGGAAGGUGCACAGCUGUCAACUUUUGCGAGCAGUUCUCAGAUACUCCGUUCUGAAUCUGAGGCUGAGGCCCUGCAUCACAAAAUGGAGGAGCUUGCGAUGGGCAAGAAGCGUGCUGAAACCGAGAUCAAGACUUUAAAGUCUGAGUUGAACUCUGUGGUUGUUCAUAAGACUUUGGCUGAGGAAAAAGCACAACGUUUCAAGGAACUCUUAGAAGAAGCAAACAACAGAUUGUUAAAGCUUCAAGUGGAAAUGGAAGCAGACAGGUCUAACAUGAGACAGAAAUCAGAGGAGUUAAGACAAGAGUCUUCCGAAGUAAAGAAGUCUGUCUAUAUGUAUCAGGAACAAAUCAAGUCUCUUCAAAGAGACAAAUCUGCCUUAGAUCAGAGAGUGCUUUUUCACAAAACCGAGGUUGAUGGCCUGAAAGAACAACUCAAGAUCAACCAAGCAAAACUUCUGCAAUGGAACUCCUAUGAACAGGAGAGCUCACACAAGUUAAGGUGCUUGGAAGAUGAGUUGUCUUCCAAACAGACUGAAGUAGAGCAGAUCACUUUUAAAAUGAAUGAACUUAAUCGAAAGAAUCAGUUGUUGGAAAGUGAUACCCGACAUCUUAGGGUAAGUAUUGAGUCCCUCCAGCAAGACAAAACACAUGCUGAUCAAAAGUUUAAAACCUUGAAAGGUGAGUCCGAAGUUUUAAAGGAGCAGCUACAAAGAGCCAAGGAUGAAAUCAAUCUGAAGACGAGAACUGAGAAGGAAGCUCAAGUCAAGAUCAAGAACCUCGAAUUAGAGCUACAGAAAAAUUCUGUACAAGCAACACAGCUAACUAAGAAAGUUGAAGAACUGAAAAAGAUUAAUAUGGAGACUGAGCGCUCCGUAAAAAAUGUUAAAGCAGAUCUUGAUAGAGCAAACUUAGAAGUUGUUAGUAAGGAACAGCAAAUUAAUAUACUAAAAACGCAAACUGAAAGUGCCAAAUCUCAAAUAAAAAUAGUGGAAGAGGAGCUUUUAAACAAAUCCCAGAUAUCCCACGAGCUUCAAAUCAAACUAAAAGAUUACAAUGAAGAAGCCAAAAAGGCAACAGAGCUACAACAAGAGAUCCACUCUCUAACACUGACCAUCAGUAACUAUGAAAAAGAUAUCACAAAUCUAAAAUCAGAGCUGAAUUCGGCAAGCACAGAGAGGAAUCUGGCUAAUCGGAAGGUUCAAGAACAAAAAGCAGAGAUAAAUAACUUGAACAUGUCCUUGAAAAAAGCCAUGGCGGAAUCACAGAGGGAAUCAUCGGAGAGUAAGAAGAACAUGUCAAAAGUUAGAGAGCUUGAAAAUGAGCUUGUAAAAUGUAAACAAACUAUUAGCAGAAUCAGUGGAAGUUCAGAGAAGGCUACUGUUAGCCUGAAACAAGACAUCUCGUCACUUCAGAGAGAUAAGCAAACGGCUGACCAGAAGUUACAGGCUUUAAAAGUGGAGUUUGAUGAUCUUAAUUCCACUCUAAAGAGAACAAAAGAUGAACUACAGCGAAUGACUGAAGAAUGUAUGUCAACUCAGUUCAAACUGAAAGAAUCAGAGGCAGAACUCCAACGAAAGAGCUCUGUUAUACGAGAACUGAGCUCUAACACUGAUAAAUCGGUACUGAAUUUAAAACAAGAACUAGCUGCCUCUCAGAAGGAGAGAAAUUCCGCCGAAGAAAAAAUCUCAAGUUUAAAUCUCCAAAUGUUAGAGUUGAAGCAGAAGUUAAAACAAACACAAGAAGAGCUUAAACAGAAACAAAAAGAAUUGUCAUCCGCCGAGUUAAGGUCACAAAAGCUGGGGGAACAGUUGGACAACUGUAAAAAAAUGCUUGACGAUCUUAAAGGUAAACUUGACUUACAAAAGAAAGGUUACGAAACUCAGCUACAGCUGGUGCAGGCUGAAAUGGACCAAAAGCUUUCACUUCAAGAAUCACGCUUGAAACAAGACUAUGAGAGGAGAUCAAAGGUGCAUUCGCAUACGGCCGAAACAGCAGAGAAAGCAAACAAACACCUUUCUCAAGAAGUCGAGAAGCUGAAAGCCUCAGUUGUUAACAUUACAAAAAGCAAACAAGAUGUCGAACAUCAGCUCAGUAACCUGCAAGUACGGAUAGAUGAAUCUGAGAGGCAAAGGGGAAUUCUUGACCUUGAACUUCUCAAAGCAAAAUCAAGGAUUUCUGAGUUGGAAACGGAAAAGAUCAGGGUAAACUCCAGUAUUUUUCAACUCGACAGUAUUCAAAAAGACAGCUCGAAUGAAAUAGAAAGGCUAAAGAAAAAGCUGAAAGACACUGAGCAGAAAUUGGAUGUCUCAGAAAAAGAGGCAAAGUCUCUAAAGGACCAGAUAGUUGCACACAUCAAAGACAUAAAAUCUUUACAAGAAAAGAAUUUAAAGCAAGAACUGGUAACCUCUCAGAAAGAAAGAAGUUCCACCGAAGAGAAAAUCUCAAGUUUAAAUCACCAAAUAUUAGACUUGAAGCAGAAGUUAAGGCAAACUCAAGAAGAGCUUAAACAGAAGCAAAAAGAAGCAGCAGCCACUGAGUUAAAGUCACAAAAGCUGGGGGAACAAUCAAACAACUAUAAAAAAAUGCUUGACGAUCUUAAAGUUAAACUCGAUUUACAAAAGAAAGGUUACGAGACUCAGCUACAGCUGGUGCAGGCUGAAAUGGAGCAAAAGCUUUCACUACAAGAAUCACGUUUGAAACAAGACUAUGACAGGAGAUCGACGGUGCACUCACAUACGGCCGAAACAGCCGAGAGAGAAAACAAAAACCUUUCUCAAGAAGUUGAGAAGCUGAAAGCCUCAGUUGUUAACAUUACAAAAAGCAGACAAGAUGCCGAACAUCAGCUUGGUGACCUGCAAGCUCGAAUAGACGAAUCUGAGAGGCAGAGGAGAAUUCUUGACCUUGAACUUCUCAAAGCAAAAUCAACGAUUUCCGAGUUGGAAACGGAAAAGAUCAGGGUAAACACCAGUAUUUAUCAACUCGACAGUAUUCAAAAAGACAGCUCGAAUGAAAUAGAAAGGCUACAGAAAAAGCUGAAAGAGACUGAGCAGAAAUUGGAAAUCUCAGAUAAAGAGGCGAGGUCUCUAAAGGACCAGAUUGUUGCAUACAUCAAAGAAAUGAAAUCUUUACAAGAAAAAAAUUUAAAGCUGGAAGUAACAGUCAGCUCAGAGCAGAAACAUCUAAAGGAACUGGAAGCUCUUGGACAAACCAAUCAUCAGUGUGCUAAAGAUAGUGAGCUGCUCAAGCUCAAGACCGAACUGCAGCUUAUUAAGAAAACUGUGGCGACUUACGAAGAAGCAAAGCGGAGCCUAGAGGGGGAGCUAAUGAAGUUGAAAAUGAGCUCUGAGAUAUCUGCAAUGGAGAAGGAUAAAGUGCUGGAGGAGCUGCGACAGGUCAAAAUGCAAGUAAUCAGCGAGAAAGCAAAGACAACAACUGAAAAUUCUAUCUCUUUCCAGAGUUCUAUGGUUUAUGAAAAACAGACGAACCAAGUGAUGGUUACUAACAGUCAAAAUGAAAUCACCGACCACACAGUCAAGAAAAGCUCACUGUAUGAUAAAGGAAGAUCUGGUAAAAGCCAGAGUGUUUCAUUCAGUAUUGCUGAUUCUGAGUCAUCCAUUGGCUCAGACUCUUCUUUCACAAGUAAAAUGAAAGGAUUAAACAUUGAGUCUACGUCCCAUAAAAUUAAAGGUCUAAGAGGACGGAUUAGUAUUAAAAAGUUAGUAAAAACCAGAAUAAUAACUCAGGAAAUUGCACUCAAACUCCAAAUGGGCCUCAUUACUAUAGAGGAGGUGGAAGCGUCUCUUGCUCAGUUUAUUGGCAAACCAUGCUCGAUUGCAGGUGUUUAUGUGGAGUCCAGCAAGAAGAAGAUGUCCUUCAUGGAUGCGGUUAAGGAAGGACUUAUAUCGAAAAGCUAUGCCCUUGAGUUGUUGGAAGCACAGGCUGCCACAGGAUGCAUCAUUGAUCCGAUAACAGGUGAAGGUUACUCUCCUUUAGAUGCCGUUCAGAAAGGCAUCAUUAGCGAGGAUCUCAAGGACAAAAUAAGUGAUGCUUACAAAGCAGUCAGUGGUUAUACCCAUGCUGGAAAGAUUCUUUCAGUGUUUCAAGCUAUGGAAGAGAGAAUCCUAGACCGACAUAGAGGGAAAGCAAUUCUUGAAACUCAAAUCGCUACCGGAGGAUUGAUUCAUCCAUUGAUUGGAAUUAAGGUACCCAUGGAUUGUGCACUAGAACAGGGGCUUAUAAAUCAGGCCACCCUUCAAAGUCUCUACGAUCCAGUCAGUAAUCCAAAAGAUUUCCACUACCCAGACACAGGGCAAAAGGCAUACUAUAGUGAACUACUAAGGAUCUGCGUCUACGAUGUUAAUGGUGGAGUAUAUCUUCUACCUUUCAGUGAUCAGCAUCUCUAUGCUGUUUCUCCAUCAAGCAAACGCAGAGUAUCGGUCAUCAACACUUCUAAUGGUGCCAAAAUGUCCUGCUAUGAAGCCUAUAAAGCUGGAUACAUUGACAAGACAACCUAUCUGUUUCUUGCACAACAAGAAAGCGAGUGGCAGGAGACCACAGUCAUGGACUCAAGCAGUAACCAUGUGCACAUCCUAAAGGACCACAAGAGUGGAUGGCAGCUUUGCAUAGAAAAUGCUCUUAGUCUGAAAAUUCUCAGUGCAGAUGAGCUUAAUAGCUACAGGAGUGGCCAACUCAGUAUCUUUGAGCUUGCCGAUCUUGUGAUUUCCAGAAGAAAUGUCUCGAAAGUUCCAAACAGUCCUGUUGCAGGACUCUGGGAGGUCUCUUUGAAGAAAAGACUCCCCUUUUUUAAAGGCCUCCAGCAAAACAUUGUGGACAGACUCACUGCAUUACGGAUGCUAGAAGCACAGGCCUGCACUGGAGGCAUCUGUGAUCCAGCAUCCGGAGAAAGGGUUUCGAUUAAUGAAGCACAACGCCGAGGUCUCCUGGACGAAGGUUUUGUCAGGCAACUCCAGCAAUGUGAACAAGCCUUCUAUGGCAUCAAUCAUCCUCAGAGCAAAAAGACUUUGACCGUGGCUCAGGCGAUGCAAGAGAACCUCUUCCCCAAAGAUGUCGGACUGAGGUGUCUUGAGUUUCAGCUUGCCACUGGUGGGCUCGUUAACCCAGAGAGUCAGGAGAGAGUUUCACUAGAUGUCGCGAUACAGAAUUGCUUAAUCGAUAAAGCAACAGCUGCGCAUCUUAAAAACGACCCUUCCCAAACCAAAAGUAUCACCUGCCCCAAAACCAAGCGAAAAAUGUCUUUCAGGGAAGCUCUAGAAAAGAGUGUCAUUGACAGCCACACCGGGUUCCUUCUUCUUGAAGCUACAAAGUCUCAUAGCACAGGCAAUACUUCAUCAUUCCAAUACUUCUAUACCUAUCAACAUUUCUGAUAGGGUUCUGCAGAAUGUUGGUGAAUUGUGUUUUACAAAUGACAUGACCAGUAUAUUUGCAUCAUAAUCUAAUUCAACUAUAUGCAGAAGUUUUAUAAAAGUGUAUUUUUAUCCUGACAAAUAUCAAAAUAAUAAUGGUGGAAAUGGGAAUUCUUCAAAUAUGGGAUUUAUUUCUUUUGUAAGAUAUUGUUCAAAAUAUAUUUUGUAUGUCAUCCAUGCUUUUCCUUUUUUUUGGCAUAUUUAUGCCGGUGGCAUAUUUAAUUUAUUGCCAAGCACCAUUCUAUUUAAAAUGGCUGGGAGCUUUAUACUCAGUCCUUGUUGUAUAUUUUAUCCAAACACAAAGUACUGUUAACUACUGUUUACAUUGAUUUCUAAUCCACCACACAAUUUCUUU